UUUAUCCAAUUCAUUUCUUCUAACAAAAAAAGUGAUCAUAAUCUUUUAUACAUAUAGAUACUAUGUCUUCAAGACAUGUUAGAAAAGCUAAAUCAGCUAUCAGCUCAUAUAAUGAAAAGAGGCAUCAACAAACUACACCACGAUCCAAAAAGCCAACUCAAUCUACUUCGGUUAUCAAUGUAACAGACGCGUCUACUCCAGAGGAAAUCCUUCAUAGUUCUUGGAAAUUCCUUUAUAUAUAUCAGUUCUUGACACAAUUCCAACAUCAACUUGGCCUCCCUUCUAUUAGUAUAGAUCACAUGGAAUCCUUACUUCUUUUUAGACCCGAUCCCAGUACUGACGAUAUGGCGGAACAAAACUUAUCAGUUGAUGACAAUCAAAAUAGCUUUAACGAUAGCAACGAAGUACUUUCACGUGAAUCUAGUGUUUUGGGUUCUUCAUCUGUAAUUUCUGAUCAAUUCAACAAUUCAACUAAACUACAACACACUUUGGCGAAGCUUCUUGUUCUUAUUUUAGCUAGUCUUUCUGAUGACAAAAAAAAUAAGAUCACUGAAAACAAUUAUCCUCAGUACAUAUACAAAUAUUUGUAUCAUCAUUCUCUUGAUGAAAGGGUUCAAGAUAUCCUUGGUCGUUAUACUGAUAGCAUUGAUUUUGUUCGAUUAAGUAUUGUAGACAAGAUUUAUGUAUUAAAGGAUUUGGUCGACAGCAUCUUUGAAACUGGAACUGCUUUGAUAUGGAAGAACGAACUUGCCUCCGAAGAUAUGCGUGCAUUUCCCAUGGGCAAAGAUUCUGAUGGUUGGUCAUAUUGGAUAUUUGGAGGUAGUAGAUUGUACAGGGAAAUCCAAUUAUCUCCAAGGAAAAAGGAAACCGAUUAUACAUUCCAACUGAUUGCUAAGACAGAAGAAGAAUGGCGAACAUGGAUGAACAAGUUCUCUCUCGAUUCACCCAAAGCGCUGGAACGACAUUUGGCGGAAAACUUGCAAGAGCAUGGUUCAGUUAUCAUACAAAAGAUAGAAUCAAGGAGGGCUGCAAAACUACGUGAAGAAGCGAAAUUGGAAAAAGCAAGGAAAUUGGAUUUGUUACCAAGAAAACGAAGCAGGCGAAUCGAAGUCAAGUCUGAAGAAGAUGAUAGGCGACGUCAAUUGGAAGAAAUGGAACGUGCACAAUUGGAAUUCGAAGAAGCUGAACGGGAAAGGGAGCAAAGGGAGUUGGAGGAACAAUUGGAAAAGGAAAAACAAGAAAUGCAAAUUGAAGAAGCAAGAUUGAAGGAAGAAGUAUAUCAACUAUUGGAUGCUAUGGUCACCCAAGAAUACCAUAAGAAACAGCUAGUAUCUCAAACGGACACUACCAACAAAAAUGGAGUAGAGGAUGAUGAUAAGAUAACGAAGCUCAAACAACUACGAACCAAACUCAAAAAGUCAGCAACUUUAGAAGAAACUGUCGAAAAAUUGAAAGGUUGGAAUUCUCUAUUAGAAGAAGGUUACAAGAUCGCCAUUCAUCCUUUGACUAGUGCUCCAAAUUCAACAAAGGUGGAUAUCCAGCAUGAAUCAACAAAUGCAGUUUCUCCAGAUCUAUCCAUCCCUGUCGUUACGCAACCCGAAAACCAACUUACUGAAGGAACAGGAUCUCAAGCAAUACCUUUGUCUGACACGAUCAAUGCUUUGGAAAGUUCAUCUAUCAUGAUGCCGGAUACACAAACUCAGACCUUGGCAACGACAAAUACAAAUGAUGAUCUAUCAACUCAAUCUGUUCAACAACCUGUUAUUAAUAGAAUAUCUAAUUCAGUGGAAACUAUGGACAGUUCUGUUAUAUCAGCUACAUCAUCACAAGCACAAUCAUCUGGCAAUGAAGAUCUUACUAUUCAGUCAAUUCCGCAGACAAUAUUCGACGUACCAUCUACUUCAUCUGCCCCCGAAACUUUGGAGAGUACACCCAUGACCAGUACAACAACAACAACAACAACAACAGUACCAUCAUCAUCACAACUAGUGACAACGACUUCCAUGGCGACACCAACAUUACCUCGUGAUGAUUUCAAAACAAUACCAUCUGACAUUUCACCAAUUACUCAACAACAGGCUCCCGAACAAGCUACCAUUCUUACAACAACUCCAGUCAUAUCCACUGCUCCAACUAAGACAGCUCCUGUUGUUAAACGUGGAAGACCAAGAAAGGUGAAGAAACCUACUGUAGACAAGAGCGCCUUGUCAUUAACGUUUAGUGAUGUACUUCGAUUUACUGGGAAUGGCUCGAAAUCUGAUCUCAAGGAUCCACUUUUGAAACUGAUACUUACUACGAUGAUUUCCCAAAUUCGUCAAUAUGCAGCUAAUAGUGAAUUGGAACGAAGGAAAGAAAAGAAAUCUGGCAAUAAACGGAAGAAAUCGGUAAUCCCAGUAAUGGAUAUGUAUACGGUGCACAAGAAAUUACUACUGGGCAAAUACGUACCUGAAUCGAUUGAUGAUACGGAGGAAUCUCAUAAUGUCAAAUCGGCAUUUGAAUCCUGGUUAAGUGAUAUGGAUCUUGUAUUGGCAAGAAACGAUCCUAUUACUUUGGAUUUAAAGAAGUUUAGCUAUGACUUGUUCAUAUCUGUGUUGAUGUGAAUUUGAAUUUUAGAUUUAGACCUAGUUAGAUUUUUUAAAGUUAUUUAUGAAAAUAAACAAAUGAUUACACCUC